GGACAGCUGUCUCUGAUGUGAGGGGUCCCUUUUAUUGAGUGGGGUCUCCUGUGCAGUGAAACUCUGGGUUUGUUUCUUCCAUGUUCUGAUCUUGUUGCAACAGACCUAGACAGUGACGGAGAAGCUGAACACCAUCCAAGGGCAAAACCCACCUCCCUCUCCUGGAAAGAGGUUUCACCUGACAUUCAAGGGGUCCUGGGAGCCUACAGACGGACACCCAGUCAUCUCUACCAUAGUCCUGGUCCCCAUCUCCCUCCAAUACCAUGAGUCACCAUCUCUCACGCUGAGACCCUCUGCAUCUUCAAGGGUAAGGUCCAAGAAGCAGCACUGACUCUUCAGGAGAUCCUGCAGGAAGCCAUGAAGCCCUUGGCUCCUUCUUAGUGGCUGGCAGUCAGAACAGACUCAAACCCCCAGAUCCAUCACCUAAACAACCCCCACACAGGUGUAGUCGUGGUCACCAUGUCUGCCAAAAACAACAGCUCAGAUGUGACUGAGUUCAUCCUGGUAGGAUUUCCAGGCUCCCUGGGGCUCCACCUAGGCCUUCUAUGGCUCUUCCUGCUGGCUUACAUGCUGACAGUGACAGAGAACUUGGUCAUCAUCACAGUAAUCUACGCCAGCCCCUUACUGCACAAACCUAUGUACCUCUUCCUCAGCAACCUGUCCUUCCUGGAGGUUUGGUACAUCUCUGUCACCGUGCCCAAAAUGCUGCUCAGUCUGCUCUCACCCAAGUUCCAGCGCAUCUCCUUCACAGGCUGCAUGGCACAACUGUACUUCUUCUUGGCGCUGGCCUGCACCGAGUGCGCGCUCUUGGGGGUCAUGGCCUACGACCGCUAUGUGGCCGUCUGCAACCCCCUUCGCUACCCAGCCAUCAUGAGCCCUGGUCUCUGCAGCCUCCUGGCUGGCGGUUCCUGGUUCUCUGGCUUCACCAUCUCCCUGGGGAAGGUCUUCUUCAUUUCCCGCCUGGGUUACUGCGGCCCCAACAUCAUGAACCACUUCUUCUGCGACGUGUCCCCGCUACUGAACCUCGCCUGCUCUGACAUGUCCGUGGCAGAGCUCGUCGACUUCCUCCUGGCACUGCUCAUCCUGUUGGGGCCCCUGGUGUUAACUGUCUUCUCCUACACAGCCAUCCUCAGCACCGUGUUGCGCAUGCCCUCCGCUGGGGGCAGGCGGAAGGCCUUCUCCACCUGCGCCUCGCACCUGGCCGUGGUGGUCAUCUUCUACUCGGCCUCCCUCUUCAUCUAUGCCCGGCCACGGGCCAUUUACUCCUUCGACUACAACAAGCUCGUGUCAGUUGUCUACACGGUGCUGACACCCCUCAUCAACCCGAUCAUCUACUGCCUGCGGAACCAGGAGGUCAAGCAAGCGUUGCGCAAGGUGCUGCAGAGACUAGCCCAGGCUCUGGGAGCCUCCUCCUAGGAGGAAUCAUGCUUCUCCAGACAUGAGCCUGCUGACCAGCUCACCAGAAUCGAGUUGGAUAAGCAGACAGGUUGGCAUGCCCUCCCACCAGUCCCUGAAUCCUGCUUAGGACUACACAGCCAGCUGACACACCAUAACUCACAGGUCCCAGGCCAGGACCCUCUCAGGAGCCCUUGCCUGGACUCACACGAAGUCUGCCCUCAUGUGAGGGUUCUUUCCAACCAACCAACCGUGGUCAACCUAUAGCUGCAGCCUCUGUCACCUGAGGAGAUCAGAGCAGACCAUGACGCACCAGAUUCCAGAGGAAGAAGCCAGCACACACAGAACUUCUAGCGCAACAUCCCAUACAAGGGGUGCCAACAAGCAACAGCAGCCUUGACGCCCACAUAUAUAACCCAAUACCAGUGGCUUCUGCUGGGAGGCUUGUCUUCCAGAAGAAGAGGCCUCAAGGUUGCAGAGGGUAAUAAGAGAGGGGAACAAACAGCUUGGGAAAGAAGAUAAAGCAGGUAGACCCCGAGAGACUGAGAAUACCGCUAAGCAGAGGCGGCCUGUCAGCCGCCUGAUGAGCGCUAGCCACUCUCCAGCUCCACCAGUCACCUGCAGAGUGAAAACGAAGACAGGAAGGGGACCCAGGAUACGUACCUCUGGACACUGACAAAAGGCAGGAGUUGGGCAAGGACCUUCUCACGGAGAUCUGAACUCAGUAUCCUGACCUUCAGACCAUUCAUGAAGCCCACCACCCAACAGACCACAGGCACCUUCUGUCCUGAAAGAGCUGAGCUGCCUGCUACAGGGCAGGAGUCUUCAGAAGCCCCUGACUCCAGCCAGGGUUCAGCCAUUAGUGUCCAUGAUGGUUACAGACCAAG